AUGGAUUCUGAUCAAGCGCAUGAAUAUGCAUUCGACCCCGGCCUCUCUGUUUCACACUGGCUGCAGUCGACUGAGCUCGACCAUGCCGACCAAGAGCUGGGAACCUCGCCCGAGCACUACUACUCCGCCUAUACUACGACCGAGCACACAGCACCUCCCUCACCGCAACGCGGCAUCGACAUGCCCGCAACGCGGCCGCGGCAGCCCAUGACGAACGGUGCGCGCACAACACCCAAAGCGACCCCGAGGUCUGCUUCUGGUCCUGCAUCGCCGCCCGCAGCAACUCGCUCCUCCCCUCAGGUCUCCAACAAGGUCCGGGCCCUGGCAGAGCGGUUCGAGCAGUCGCCCGGAGGCAGCUCGACGGCCUCUUCGCCUGCAGUGCGCUCGAGAUCUAGGACACCGAGCCGGGCUGGGGCACACGACUCGGCCACCAGACGUACGAAUGCGUCCAUCUCGUCGACUGCAUCGGCUGCACGCCCAAGCAAAGAAGCCUCGUACGGACCGCACAAGUUCAACAACCUGAAGCCGCGAGACCGCCCACAGCCCGCCCCAGCAGCUACCCGAAGUGCGCGAAGGACAAACGGCAGCAGGAGCAGCAUCGACCAGCACGUCUCGUCAACGUCAACGCCCAAGAAGGUGACCUCGCCGAAUCGGGCGUCAGCACCAAGCGGGAGGCAGCUGUUCGGCGAAGUGCUGACUGGGCAGGAUGCAUUGUCGCCAGGCUUCGGAAUCCCCGUUUUCGAGAACCCACACGGAGACACUGCACAACCCUCGUCCUCGUUCAGCAGCUCGCACCAUGGACGGUCCGCGAGUACUGCGACAUCAGCCAUGGCCGACGACGCGCAACCCACCACACGUCCACAGGCACAUGCGCAAGAACAAACUACAGCACGGUCGCCUCAACGGCACACGCCACGUUCGAGGAUUCCAGUAGCGACACGGCGUUUGAGCGCCGGCUCAGACUCCAACUCGUCGACACGGUCCGUCAAAUACACGCCAACCCGCGCAAUGAACCACAGCAACCGCGCCUCGCCGACGAGAAUGGACAGGGUUCUGGCUGCGGCCGUCGCUCCAGUCUCCUCCCGAGGCACAGACCAGUCAACGCUCCCCGCAUUAGCUUACCGUGGAUAUCGCGAGAGAGGGAAGUCGCCCUUGGGUGCGAGAAGCGGACCAAGUGUUUCUGCCGUCGUCAACGCCCCGCCUCCACCAACGUCGCCUCGCUUGCGCAACUCAAGAGAAAGACAGCCGCUCCAGCCUUCACCCGCAUCCCGCUCGACAAGUACCGGCCCCCAUGGUGAGCAGGAAUAUUUUCCACUUGCGAGCAGCUUCGAUCCCCCACAAGAGCAACCUGCGGGGCUACUCGACGUUGCUGAGAUCGAGCAACCCCAUGAUAUCCGUGCGCAGACGCAGCGCAUUCCACGGGAUGAGCAUUCGUCACCCUCGUCAGAGCAACAGCACCUGAGCCUUCAGACAUCUAGCUUGUCCGUACCAGUUCUCGGGCAACCAGCGUCAGCCGUGACCGACUUUGACGAAUCGCCUGUGUUGGGUCUACCAGGAAGCUUCAUUCUUACGCCGCCUACCGCGCAUCCCGAGCCGGAGCAACAGCUCUUGCAGCCACACGUUUUCCACCCUCCGCCGCAGAGGCCUGCUCCGCAAUCGCCUGAGAUGGAGAAGUCGGAGCUAGGUGUCAGAGAAUCAAUACCAAUUAUGCUUAGCGAGGAGCCGCCAUCAGAACCAUGGGAGGCCGACUCGGAGAGCUUCAGCGCCGGCCUCAAGGCUUUGUCAUACGGGUACACGUCCGACCAAGCACACGACACUAGAGACAUGCCGUCCAUGUCUCGACACGAUACAAAAGGAUCGCCAGGAGAUUUGCUUCCUAAGCGGGACACCCUUUAUCCGGAUGACUCAGCCAGCGUCGCUCCCUACCGAACACUUGGAUCACUGACGCUGAACAAUGAAACUUACAGUGUUGUGAACUCAGUUUUGAACAUGUACCAUCAAUCGCCAGUUAUUUCCCCUGAGUUAGCAUCGAUAUCCAGAGAAAGGGUGCAGCAGGUCUCACCCGUCAUCGCACAGCACAAAGAUUGGGCAUCGAAAGAGUCCACAGAAUCAUAUCUCGCUCGGUUGCUGAGCGACGCUAAUGGUUCAAAACACGAUAAGGAGAGGCCUGAGCCCGAGAGAGUAGCAUCCCCAUCGCGUCCAGACUCAUAUACGCCGCAGCUGCAGCAAGGCACACCAGAAUCACAUGUCGGCGGCACGGCGAUCAUUUAUACUUCGUCCUCGCGGCGCUAUUCACGGGAAUCGGCAGGCUCUACCACCACAACCAUACAGGAAGAUGCGUCUCAUUCUGGCAGCUCUUCUGGUGACCCUUCUCACAAUGCACUAUCACGAACGUCAACGGAUGAGCAUAAGUCAGUUGCAGCUAACCGCAUUGAACUUCCACAACUUGCAUGGACCAAUGGUGGACUUGGACUUGACUUACAACACAGUAUGCCGCAUUCACUUCCAGCGCCUCCCCGUCCCAACUACUCCCCACCGCCUCCCCCUGUGAAUCCAUCCAUUGAUCAGCAACUCUCCUCUCGAUCCAAUCCGUACAACUCUACGCCACAACAUCAACAGCUCUCACGACCCAUGCUCAACGACGACAAAUUCGAAAUGCACCCCGCUCGGUCACGCACUCCUGUUCUUCACGUUCACGAACAAAGUCUCGAGGACCGAUAUGGUACCCCACAACCUAUCGAAUCUACUGUAGAUGUGCCAUGUGAAGCCGAGCAAGGCGAAAACGGUCAGCCUGACCCUGCCAAGCAAGCUCUAAUAAAGCGAUAUCGCACCUUACAAGAGCUGCUUCACACUGAGCAUCAGUUCUGCAUAGACAUGAUGAUCGCGCACAACAUUUUUGAAGCAACCGCGUCGAAUCUGAUGAGCGAGAAGGAAAAGAGAUUGCUGUUCAGCAAUUGCAAGGAAUUAGAGAAGUUCUCUCUGUCGCUAUUUCGUGCCUUCAAGAAGGCUGCGAAGCCUAUUGUCAACUACGAGAUAUCACCCCCAAGUGGACCCUGGAACCGUGAUUCCUCCGACGGUAAAUCCUAUGACUCCGGAGAAUCACCAAUGCAUGCUCGGCGACCAUCUGAGGAUUCCCCGAAUCAGUUCGAGAAUUGCACUCUGGAAAAUGAUCGAUUGACCACCAUUGGCCAAGUUUUUCUCGAUAACAAGGAAAAGAUGGAGCGGCUCUACACGACAUAUUUCCUUAAUCAAGAUAAUGCUAGUGCUUAUAUCAAGAAGAACCACGGCAACGAAACUCUAUCUGGAUGGGUCACUGCUUGCUUCGAGCAAGUAGAGAACAUGACUCAAGCCUGGGACUUGGACUCUUUGUUGUUGAAGCCAUGCCAGCGCCUGUUGAAGUAUCCAUUGAUCCUCCAGUCCUUGCAAGAAAUUACAGAUCCAGACCAUCCCGAUCUACCGAAAAUCAAAGAAGCUCAUGAGGAAUUGAGAGCAAUGAGUCAGCGUAUCAACCAGGCCAAGGCACGUUCCGAUACCUUCCGCGCUGCCGCCUCUGAAGGCAAGAAGGAGAAGAAAAGCGGACUGGGCAAGACUUUUGUCAAGGCUUUUAUUCCCAAGGUCGAUAAGAGCAAGGCAUAUGACGAGGCCGACAAGACCUUCAAGGAUCAGGACUACAAGUCUAAAGAGCAGAAGUUCGGAGGGCACUUUUUCCAACUUCAGAUUGUUAUUCGUGAUUUCGAACAGUAUCUUGAUUCGAUUACGGAGCAUUACCUCCAGCUCAAUAUCGUGUUCUUGGGUUUCAUCACCGUCUGCGAAGUAGCGCCAUCUGUGUACCCAGAAAUUGAGAGUACGUGGCGAAAGUGGGCAAUGGCCCAUUUCGAGCUGCAGAACAAGGCGUUGGAAGAGCACAAAGCUGCUGUUCGAAGCCGGGUUUUGAAGCCUGUAGGCGACCUCUGGGAGAUGUGGGUCUCUUAUCAGAAAACUAUCGAGCAACGCAAGAAAUACCUGCUGUACUACGUUAAGCACAAGCAAGCACUCGACCGUGGGGAAAAGAUCGACCCCGACAUAGAGGAGUCGUCCAAAAAGUUCAGUACGAUCAAUGACACUCUCAAACAUGAGUUGCCUCUUCUCUACGAAAGAACAAAAGGCCUCAUGCGCACGCUCAUGACUCUGUUCAUGUGUUUGCAGAAGGAUUGGUACAAGACUUGCUCGAAAAAGAUCCUUCCGCUCCUUGAAAGCGAACCCCAGCACACGACAUCCCUUCGUUAUGACUUAGAAUCGUACGUCGAACGCUUCCACGGAGACUACAAACCGAUGCAGGAUCUUGCAAACAGACUAGGCAUCAUCAACCGGAACCUCCUGGUUGACAUCUCCAAUAUGACGUCUCCCGUUCCAACGCUCUCUUCCGACGGUGGUGCGUCGUCACGCAACUCAUCGUCGCGUCGUACUGAGUCCAUCGGGAGCGAGGCAUCAAUGCUCGACUUAAAGACCCGCAACAGUGGUGGAUAUGCACCUCGAUCACAUCCACGAAGUCUCGACAACCCACCGCGUUCUUCCCCUGCAGGACCAGCGUAUCCUUCUCUCUACCCACCUAACACAUCAGGUCGGGCUGGUCCGGGACCUACUUCAUUACGGGAAGCCCGUGCACUCAGCCCUACAUCUGACAACAGUGACGCCACUGUAGUUCGCAAAGAGCGGCGCAAUACUGGUCCCUCUCGCAACAACCAUAACUACAUGAAUCUGGACGGUGCAGUAGACAUCGAGCACUCACCGCUGAGCGUCAACGCAUUUGAUUUCCCACCUCAACUUGGUCCAUCCUUCCUCUCACCUUCGCAACCCACCAUCCACACUUUCUCUGCGCCUACCUCUCAGCCAGCAUCAUUACCGGGAUCUACUCGUGCAUCUGGUGUCUUUAACUCAGCUCUGCCAAUGUCGGAUUCUCCUGCCCGUGGUAGUGUUGAGGAUCUCCCUACUACACCUGCGGACACCGACGAGCCAGAAGUACUCUUCUUAGCAGCCAGUCUCUUCGAGUUCAACAUUGCUCAUGAUCGGCGCGAAGGCGGGAUACCAUAUCUCGUGUAUGUACCGGGCGAGAUUUUCGAUGUUAUUGGUAUGAAGGGUGAGCUAUGGCUUGCGCGGAAUCAAGACGAUCAAACAAAAACAGUAGGAUGGAUUUGGGAAAAGCACUUUGCGCGUAUCUUACCCGAAGAUGCAUAG